AUGGAGAUGGUAAGAGAGGUAGAGGCUGAAGAGGCUGCAAGGCAAACUGCAGAAGCCGCCGAAGAGGAGGCGGCAAAGGAGAAGCCGGUUCGGGAGAAGGAAAAGUCUCCAAACUUCCUAGCUGGGAGGGAGGAUGAGCUGGCCCUAGCCUCGGUGGAGGCUCUCCCUAAGGAAAUCAGAAGUUCCACUGAGAGCUUUUACAAGUUCUGGACAGAGAGGGAGGCGUUAAGCGAAUUCCAGACAAGGACCCACGCCUCGGAGGGGAAAGCUGCCUCCCUCGCAGAGGAGGUUAAAGCUGCUAAGGCCGAGGCCGAAGAAGCCAAAUCUCAGAAAGUUGAAGAGGCGGCGAAGCUGGAGUCUGCUUUGGCCCAAAUUGAUGCCCUGAAGAAGGAAGUGUAUGAGUCACAGUGCGAGAUGGCAUCCUUGACAAAGAAGGUGGAGUUUCUUGAAGGCCAGGCGAAGUGGUACAUGAACGACGCCUCUGUUGCCAAAGAAGAGGCCCGAACGGCGGGGGAAGAGGCGGUGAAGGAAUACAUCGCCAAUUUCCAUACAACUGAGGAAUAUAAGAGCUUCAGUGCAUACUGGAGGAACUUCGCCUAUGCCGAGGUGAUGGAGCGGGCAGAGGAGCUGUAUCCCAACUUGGAUCUGACUCAACUCAAGUCUGAAUUUGUGGAUGAGGUUCCUCAGACCCCAGCUGAGGAGGUGCAAGGUGAUAAGGCAGCUGAUGCUGAAGCCCCAAGUGAUGAGGCAGAGGAAGCAACUACUGAUGCCCAAGUUGCCGAACCUCCAAGUGCUGAGGCGCCUCCGCCAUCUAGCCAGGCUUAG